GUGAUGGUGAAGAAAAAUGUGCUCAGACAGAAGACUUGAUUUUUUGUGAGUCAACUGAAUUGGUAGUAGAUGACUCUGGUACUUCUGAUACAAGUAAUGUAGAAGCAGAAUCUUCAGAACUUCUUGCAUUUGCAAUAUCUUGA